GACAAGUACACGGACUGGCACAGUAUAAUGAUUCUUACACCUUGAUUUCUUCCUAACAUUUUAAGAUGGUUGUCAAACAUCCAACUUAUUUAGAUAAGCAAAAUAUUAGCUCAGUACACGUGAUGUGCUGAAACUUUACUUUUAAUUCUUACGCUUGCAAAGGCAGAAAAAUGGAUACAAUUCUUUUUCUUUUGGAUUUCGUAAUAACCUUUGAGUAAUCAUUGGGUUGUGACUGGCUAGUGUCUGUCAUCUGUUGUAUGUGUUAUGUUUGAAACCUUAAGAGAGAAAUGAUCCAACAUCUUAAGUUUGGUCAAACAGUUCUGAUUCAAUUAUUCUUAGCAGUAAUAUUUCUAGACAAGCUAGACACAGCAACUUUUGGCUACAUCUAUUUGUUUCUGCUGGUCUGGCGCUCAAAAGGUCGCUAGACGCCGCACAAAUGCUGAAAAAACAUCGGCAAAUUUCUACCUAUAAGCAGAUAACCCAAGAUAUACAGUGUUCAGUUGGGAAGUCAAAGCUAUAAAACUAAGGGACAGGUUCAAAUGCUGUUAAUGACAGAAGAGAAUUUGUGCUCAGCUCUGUCCUCUCUGGGGAUUCAAGUGCAAAGACAAGCAUUUAGUUUUAUGUCCUCUUAUAAUCUCUCCACAUUUUUAUUUGUCGCGUUUUAGGUGACACGUUGCGACAGAGGUGUUGUAAACUUUAAAAGGCAUAAUUGAGUGUUGUCAAUUUUUUAUGACCGCGAAACAUUCUUUUUUCAACAUAAAUGUGAUGCACUCCAUCAACGUGUGCACACUUGUGCAACUACAUUCUUAUGUGUGUAUAUGUGUACACACAUGCAUGCAUGCACACACCCACACACACACACACACGUGUAUAUCAUGUAUCAGAUUUUUCCCAAAAAUAAUAUUGAGUUCAAACCUGGCUUUUAAACAUGAGUGUCAACUUUUUAUAACCAUUGUAGUAUAUAAACAGUCAUCCGUGUCCUCAACACGUCUAUCCCCCUAAUAUUUGCUGAAAUAUUUCCCCGUCCCACUUUUCACCCUCUCCUCCCAAAUAACAUAAUCUCCACCCCUUCCUCACCUCGAUGUGUUUUUUGCCCAAUUGUCUGCCUGACCGUUGAGAAUAGUUAAUACAAGCAGCCAAUCUCACACUUUCUCAGACAUCCAAAAUGAAUUUCACAAUCACCUUUUUCAAGCACUGGUAGAUCUGCCAUUGUGUGAUGGACCUCCCAUCCAUCACGUAUCUCUUCACUCCACGACGUGCGUCUCUUAUGAAUGUGUUUUUGUGUGUGCUGUACAAUGGAGCGCUUAGGGGCCAGCUGCUCAGGAGUGAGGCUGGGCAUUAACCCAACAGAUGGAGCCAGCCUGGGCUCCCAGCCUCGCAUAUGGUGGCCAGGAGUAGAGUUGGCUAAUGGAGCAUGGACACACAAACACUUGGACAGUGACCUGCUGACGUUUAAUAUCUCAGCCCAUCACUCGUGGUGGAGCGAGCAUGGGCCAGGCUGUGUAAGGAGAGAAAUGCCACAAUCUGAAGGGGUCUUCACCACUGAAAGCCACUCCUACAUCACUGUCAUGGGCUGCCUCAUGGACUACCAGUACAUUGAGGUCAUGCAUAGUGGAACUCAGAUCCUGGCAGCUCUCCUCGGCUUUGUGUACGCCUGCUAUGUUGUCAGCGCCAUGACUGAAGAAGAGGACAGCUUUGAUUUUAUUGGUGGAUUUGAGCCAUUCCCACUCUACCAUGUCAAUGAGAAACCAUCUCAUCUUCUCCUAAAGCAGGUGUCCCUGUCUACGUAAAUAGAAGAUCAAUCAUCUCUUCAUGCUGACAUUGUUUGUCAACUUGCCACAAUUACGGGACAUUGUGCCAGACUUUUCCCUCCUGCUCUCACUUUACUGUUUAUAAGUACAUGGCACUCACUGGUGGGCUGCAUGAAAAAAAAAAAAGCACCUCUGAUUGAUUGUCCUCUUUAUUAGUAGUGUCAAAUGUCUCUUUUCAAGCAACUUUGGGGAAACGUUUUUUUUUUUAUUGUAUCUGUGCUGAGGUGCUGUGGCUUUCCAAUCAACUGUAAAGAUCAUCACCUAAGUUGUUCUGAGUUUCUAAUGGCUCAGCAUUCCCGAUGUGUGGCACUGUGUUUUAGAGCUGAAAUCAUUUUGCAUGUCCACUGCUGCUUCGGUUCACAUUCUGGCCGGAAGGGCUGAAUCAUAGUGGAAGGAACACACCAUUGUGCCCUGCCUGUUUACCUCAGGCCAGGGUCUACAAACGUACUGUACCAGAAAAGGAAGCUGAUCUACAGGGUCACACAUUAAAAAUAGACAAUGUGAAUAAAGCAAUGAUGGCAGGAAAAGGAAUUUAGUUUAAUGUGAGAUAUGAAGAAUGCAAAAAUCAUGGCAUGCACAUUUUAGAUAUUUGAUUUGUGAAGUCUUACGUUUCUGAUUAUUUUCACCCAAAGACAAGUCGCCAUCAGUGAAGUAUCAAGUGUUUGUGUUUGGAAAAAGCGCUGGUUGGUGAAUGUGAGAUUGUAACACAAUUUCAAUCUAUUAUGAGGUCGAUUUCAACAAACAUUAGGAACUGAAGUGCAGUCAGGUGCAUCAAUAUUAGGAGGAGUUAACGGCGUAGGAAUGAAAGUAGUUCGUAUAUGUGCCUCCAACAAUCUAAGGGACCAAAACUAAUGGGGCAUCUGGCUGCUGAAAUUUGCAUAUAUAAACAUCCUCAAAUUCAAGAUGUCAGUCUGCAGUUAAAGCACAUAUUGUUUAUUUCAUUUCAAAUCCACUGUGGUGGAUUUUAGAGCAGCCAAAAAGGUGACAAUUGUGUCCAUGUCCCAGUAUUUAUGGACCGGACAAUAUGUGUCUAUAAAAAUAACAAUGGAACUCGUCAACUGACUACAUAUUAUCUGAUUUAUUUUCUUGUAAUGUUUCUAUUAAGGUAUUUCAUACUUGAAAAGGACUUAUCUGCCCAUAGCCAAUGUGCUUCAAGUCACUUAGUGAGAGACAAAUCCACUGUUGCCUUACUGCCCUCUAGUGGUUACUGCGUUCAUGCGCAAGAGCAGAAGGAUUUACUCCCCCCCACACACUCCAAGUCCAGCAUUACAUUGUUCUAGUUUGUUUUGAAGUCAGAUGAAAUAGCACAAGAAAUGUUAUUCAGCGGUUUAUGUCCACUUGCUUUUAUCAUUCAAAGUUUUGUUUCUCUGGACCUCUUGUUGAAAUGUUUUUGCGCUCUACUCUAGCGCAUGAGGUGGCUUCGGGAUCACAAAGACGUUUUCCUUGUUUUUGUUCUAUUCGCAGACCUUUGUGUUGUUUCUAGGAAGCUGGAAAUAGCUCUUAUCAGAUUGCUGUAAUAUUCUCACUGCCGGGUGUUCACAAAAGAACCCAGCCCAGUGCUGCUUUUUGACCAUACAAUGAACUGCAUUGAGUGUGAUGCAAAUGCAAAUAUGUCUUUAUUUAUGUGCAGUUACACACACUGUAUUUCCCAACUUUUUUUUUUUUUUUUUUAGCUAUUUACAUUAGCAAAAUAUUGGCACUCCACGAAACAUGUUAGAAAAAGUCAAAAUACCGAAAUAAUGAUGACAGAUGAUCUUCCACUGUUUGUUGCUGGCAAAUGUAUGUUUGUAAUUGAUAAAUCAUUUGAAGACAAAUGAGGUCAAAUGGGACAGUUUGCCAUCACACUCUGGUUAAGAAUCAAUACUGUAAUGUGUGUGUGCGUGUGCGCAUGCGUCUCUUUGUGUCAUAAUCAGUACCAAAAAAAUUGAUAGUAAAUCUUCCAUUUUACUCUUGUUGUAAUAUAACUUCUUAAAACUGUUCCAUGUACUGAAGAGAUAACACAUUCUUGUUAAUAUUUAUAUGGACAUUGUUUUCUAUUUUUGCUUUCAAUUUGUCCCCAAGCCUAAUGCGAUCCGUCCAUUUUCCAUAUAUAUUCUUUGUGAUCAUGUAAAUAAUAUUAAAACAAAUGAUUCUCUUUCAGUA